AUGCUGAUCCUUCGGCAGAUGUAUCACCUACCUACCACCCCACCCGCGCAACCGCAAGCGCAAGCGCAGGCCGGACCCUCUCGUCUCCCCAAAGCGGUAGACCAUACCUCUCCCCGCCGCUCCACGUCCCUCACGCACCGCCAGCGCCAAAAGAUGCCAGCUGCCAUCUCUGUCCUCGGAGCCGGGACUCACCUCCCUCCUGAACAUCUCUAUCCCUCUCUCGCGCCCAGUCAUGGCCGACCUUCGCCGCGCCCCCAUCCCAACGGCCCUACCUCCGCACCUCGGCUGAAUGGUGGUACGCCUGGACAAUAUGCACAGCCCUCGCCGACGAUUCGGCGCGCUUCAUCAAAUGACGGUCGAUCUCGCGCGUAUACGACGCCCAGCUCCCGCUCUCCUGUCAAAAGUGGAGAAAGCCCGGAAGCUGCGCUACUGCAGCAUGUCCGGGAGAAGAUGAGCAGUCAGGACCAAGAGGCUAUGAGUCGGGUGAGGACGAUGAUGGCCGCACAGGCGGAGAGGGCGGGUGCUGGAGCUGGCGCUGGCGCAGGGAGGGACCCGUUGAGUCCGACAGGGGACCGGUUUCCUCGAGUAUCGCCAGAGGGCGCGCUGUUGGACCGGCGAGGGAAGGGAGUUGCGGGGAUGCGACGUGACAGUCCGGAGCGGGAACGGGAGCAAGGCGAGGGAUUUCCAUUUGGACCUGGGAGGGAUGGGGCGGAGAGGGAUGCUGAGAGGACACCAAGACCGCCAGAUAGGAGAGAGAGGUCACCUGCACAGAAUGGCGCUCCCUUCAGAAUAGCGGUAAUAGGCCAACCAGGUGUCGGAAAGAGCACUGCCAUCCGCCGGGGGACGAGGGCAUGGGGAGGUGUAUCAGAACCUACUCAAAUGAUCCUCUCUGAUGGCGGAAAGAUAUCCUCAUGUCGGUCCUCCGUCGAGUCCGGUACUAGGCUGAAGGAGGCCCACGAGAUUGAGUUUCUCGAGAUGGACCUAUCCCUCCUCGACACGUCACCGGAUUCUCCAACAGCCUGGCCAGACGGUGUCAACGGCGUAUCGGGCGUGAUUCUAUGCUACGACGCCACUCAGUCGAGCACCCUGGAAGGUAUCACACAAGCUCUGAGUAGGUUAUCGACCGACAAUCUUCCUAUGAUCAUCAUGGCGUGCAAGUCUGAUCCCGGCGCCAAACUCGAGGUUGAGGCGGCAUACGGUAAUUCCCUGGGCGAGGCGUAUAAUGUGGGCUUGAUAGAAGUGACAGAAGUGACCGAGGAGGGGAAGAGUAAGAUGAGGAAUGGGAUGAGGUGGUUGUUGUACAAGUUGGAACAGAGGAGUCGCAUGGCAAGCCGCGACCUCUCCCAGCUCAAUCUGCGCAAAAAGACAUUCUCCACCGCUACGGCCGCCGCUUCCCGACAGCAAAGCGCGGAGUACAUCAAACCCUUACCGCCUGACACGGGCGAUGUCGGCGACACCGGCGACGCAGCCGACAUGAACCAGCACUCGCCCAAUUUGACAGAGAGCGAGUACCAGUCUUCCGCGGGCGGACACGACCGGGUUCUGUGGGGACAUCAACGGAAUGGGUCGGCGGCGGAGGCAGUGACGCCGAGUCAGAGGAGCUCGGGGGGUAGUUUGGGGUGGAUUGUGGCUGCUCCGAUCGUCAUUGAGGGGGAUGGAGGGGUUGAGGGAUAUGAAGACAAAGGACAAGAAGGCGAGGCGCAAGAGGAAGUGGGUGAGGCGGAAAUACAAGCUGGGAGUGUCGAUCUGAUUAAGGUGGAAAGUAAUGGUAGUCGGGAUCAGCCUGAUCAGCUCUGGCUGAGUGUACGGGACCUCUACCGAAAGGUCUUCUCAAGCAUGGUAACCAAGGAAAAUGAGCAACUCGUAUCCUCCUUCUUCCUCACUUAUCGCCGAUUCUCGACGCCGCUGGACUUCAUGCGGGAGUUUCAAAUCCGGUUCGAGGAAGUCGCUGCGGCUACACUAGCCAAGGAUUUGAAGAUGAUUGUUCUGCAGCGGUGGGUCGACCAUAUCCAGAUCAGUGCAUCUCUGACUGGCGCUCUCGUCGACUGGGCAUGCGAGUACCCUGGCGAUAUUACGCCCGAGCCUGUUCAAGCCGUCUAUCGCGAGAUCCUCGCUUCUACCCUCAGACAUCGCUUCCUCUCCCACUUGGCCGCAGAGAUGGUCGCGAUCGAGUCGGAGCUGUACGACGUGGACGAUAUCGAUACAUCAUGGUCUUAUGACUCCCUUCCGCAUCGACUUCGCUCCCAAUCUCAUUCUUCCGCUUCUGCUUCUGCCCCCGCGUGCACGGCAAACACCUCACCGUCCCAGCUCGUCAUUGACGGCCGGAUGCUCAAUGAGCUCGAUAAUACACCUACCUCUGCCCGUCCCCGUCCUCACUCCCGCCCAGCCUCGAUGGAAUCUGCCCGAGUCGCCAGUUCGUCCGCCCCCUCUCUGGUCGGCUCGAACAUCAGCAUGACGAGCGAGGAGAUCAAGCGCACCUCCCUUACCCGGCUGCACCAGCAACGUAGCGGAUCAGAGUCUAGGCUCUACGUUAACGGCAACGGUAAUGGCAAUGGCGAUGGCAGCAGCAAUGGGAGUGGGAGCGGGAGCAUCCCACCGCCAAUGCCCCUACCGCCCUCAAAUGGCAUGAACGAUUAUGGUUUCGCCAGGUGGAGUACCAGCUGGAAUACGUUUAUGCGGUAUGACCCGAAGCUAUUUGCGGGGGACUUGACAAAGUUACAGUGGCGCUUGUUUUCGGUGAUCCGGCCGAGGGAUGUGUUUCGUCAUGACUUCGGUGGGGAGAAGCAAGGUUCCGUCGGGGAAGCCAUCGAGUUCUUCAAUCACAUGUCGAGAUGGGUAUCCACCAUGAUCCUCGCCAACCCGAAACCUAAACAUCGCGCCCGGACGCUCGAGCGUUUCAUCCUGAUAACGCACCAUCUCCGCCGACUGAACAACUACGACUCCCUCUACGCCGUUCUGUCCGGUAUGCGCGAGACGUCCAUCCAUCGCCUGUCCGCGACGCAUGCGCUAGUCAAUACGCUCUCGCCGGGGUAUAAGGAGCUCGGGGAGUAUGUGGAGCUGAUGGAUCCCCGAGGAGGAUACGCGGCGUAUGGGCGGGCGAUAAGGGAGGAUACGGCGAGAUCGGCACCUGCUAUUCCGCUCAUGACGGUCAUGCUGGGUCAGAUCAAUCGACUGCAGUCUGUCCGGCCCGUCGACCGCCGAGAGGACGGCUGUGUUCAAUGGGACAAGUUUACCAAGUUUGGUCAGAUCCUCGAAGUCAUCACGCAGUGUCAGGAAAGAGGAGCGGUGGUCCCUGGGGAGCCGUCACCCUACUUCCAGGCAUUGCUGGAUAAUACCAGAGUCAUCGACAGCGAGGACGCCCUGUUUGAGCGGAGUAGGCUGCUUGAGCCGCCAAAUGGUGUACCGGUGCUGAUGCAGGGUGGAGGAGGGGUGAUGAAGAAGUUGGCGAAUCUUGGGAUGGGCGGAGCGUUUGACGGCCGAGCGGAGAUGUAA